CGCGGAGGCCGGAGGAUGGUCACGUUGGGGGUCGCGCUCCACAGCCUCGCUCAGCUCUUGCUUCUUGGUUCUGCGCUCGGCUUCCGGGCGGAGCUGAGCUGGAAGCCUCUUGUUGGCCACUGUUUUUCUAAGGAACUCGCCUUCCACCGCCCACCUCCACAGAACUGGCAGGGACUCUUCUAGGAGCAGAGGAAAUGGCGCUCUUCAGGCAGCUGUCCCCGGGCUGGAAGGCUGCCCUGACUGCAGUCACUGUCUUCGUGUCUAUGAUCAUCUCUCGUUCCUAUCUGGCAGAGACUCUUGACCUGAGGGCCUGGCGUUGGUUGUUUCGCCUGCAGCUCACCCUCUUUGUUAACUCACUCAUGCUCAUUGGCUCCCUCUACAUUUGGCGUAGCACAGUGAGCAACCUCAGCCACUCCCAGGCCGGGCAGUCCACCUGUUUCUGGCUUUGGAAGCUGACCGUUAUGGUGUUUCUGGCACUGGCCCAUUCUAGUUUCUUCACCAUGUUCUUUUUGGUGGCUGAGGAACCCUAUCUCUUUUCCAUGGCAGCCUACUCCUGCCUGGGUGCUUAUGUCAUCAUGCUAUUCUUCCUCUUCAUCCUCAGCGGGCUGGAGCAAGCCUACCAGCUCUUGGCCUGGCGCAGAGGUAGGGUGGUAGGCAGCCUCAACAAGUCACAGGAGCUGGCGCUCAGGCCCGCCCUGGCGGUGGUGGUGACCACCGUGCUCAGCGUGAUGGGCCUUCUGAAUGCUGCCCAGCCCCCAGCUGUGAAAACUGUGGCGGUGCCCAUUCAUCAGCUGCCGCCUUCUAUGAACAACCUCAAGAUUGCGCUCCUCUCAGACAUCCACUUGGGGCCUACCGUGGGCAGGACGAAGAUGCAGCUGUUUGUGAGGAUGGUGAAUGCGCUGGAACCAGACAUCACAGUGAUUGUAGGUGACCUCUCUGACUCGGAAGCCUCUGUCCUGCGGACGGCUGUUGGUCCCUUAGGCCAGCUUCAUUCACGCCUUGGCACCUACUUUGUCACAGGCAAUCAUGAGUACUACACAUCAGAUGUCACCAACUGGUUUGCCCUGCUGGAAUCCCUGCAUGUCCGGCCUCUUCACAAUGAGAACGUAAAGAUUUCUGCACCAGGUGCCCGACGUGGUGAAGGGAAAGGUGAUGACUGGAUCUGCUUGGCAGGGGUGGAUGAUAUCGAAGCAGACAUCCUGCGGUACUCUGACCAUGGCAUGGACCUUGGCAAGGCCCUGGGGGGCUGUAGCCCAGACCACACCACCAUCUUGCUAGCCCACCAGCCCCUGGCUGCCAAGAGAGCUCUUCAGGAGCGGCCAGAUAUUAACUUGAUCCUUUCGGGACACACACACGCUGGGCAGCUCUUCCCAUGGAACGUGGCAGCUUAUCUCCUGAACCCCUUCUUUGUAGGUCUCUACCAAGUGGCCCAGGCUACAUUUGUAUAUGUCAGCCCGGGCACGGCCUACUACGGGAUACCCAUGCGGCUGGGGAGCAGGGCGGAGAUCACAGAGCUCAUCCUGCAGCGUGUUCCCUGAGCCAGCACUGCCCCGGCGCCCCUGCCCUGCCCUGCCCUUCACCUUCCAUCCCUCUUGAGAGUGAUUUGCCUGCUUUACCUCCUCCCCAGCCUCUCCUGCCCAGCCCUGCUGACACCCCCUUGGUCACAAAUCCUGAUAUGAACAGCGAGGCCACCAAGCCACAUAUAAGAGAACAAACAUUAUCUCCCAGCUGGUGUGGAGUGAAGUGUCCUGCAGAGCCGGGGGGGAGGAACCGCAGCAUUGGGUUGCUGCAAAGGGACAGCUCUAGGAUGCAAGGGCAGGAAGUGGCAGGAGUGUUGACUUCUUGGUGUUUUGGAGGGGUUUUUUUGGUACUGGGAAUUGAACUCAGAGCCUUGCACUUGCCAGGCAGGCUCUGUGCCACUGAGCUACAUCCCCAGCCCUCUUCUUGGUGUUCUUAAACCCUCAUUAGGGCUUAGGUGGUUUCCAGAAUCGCUGAUCCAGAGCCUUUCUGGACAAGGAGUGGUGUUUCUAGGUGAUGUGGGAGAACAAGCAAGAUGAGAAGCCCCUUCCACUGCUGGAGGAGAGUUUUUGUUUUCCUCCUUGGUUCCGUUGGAGUUACCUCUGUUGAGGGAAUCAGCAAAACCUGCUUGAACCCAAGGCCUCUCCUGUUUGGGCCUUGAGAUGCUGCUGGGCUGGGGUUGGUGUGAGAAGAAAGAAUGAGCACUAUGGCAGGGGGUGGUGGUGCUGCUGCUGCAGAACUCAAAGUUUUGCUUCCCUUCUCAUUUUCUGUAACACUUGAGUGAGAAGUGUAGGGAUGGGCUCCUUCCCUGUUGAGAGAUAAAGAAGUGAAGGCAGAGAGAAGCAGGGGCCGAGCAACAGGAUAAAGUAUGUUGGAGUGCAGGGGUGUAGCUUAGAGGUAGAACACUUGCCUAGCAUGUACGAGGCCCUGGGUUUGAUCCCCAGAGCCUCAAACAAAACCAAAUUAAAAAUUCAACAAGCUGAAUUGGAGAUUUGGGGCUAGAAUCCAGGUCUUCUGCCUCCCACUGAGAGUUCUUUCCAUUUUGAUGGUUAAAUAGCUUUAUUAGUUACAGAUGAGUACAGUAUUCAACUGCAGUUAACCACAAAAAAAGGACAGACAAGGCCAUAGAACAGUGAUGGUGAACUGUUUAGAUGAACUUUUAAUGAUAAUAGCCCUCUGUGGCACAUGUACCAUAGGUUCGCCACCACUGCCCUAGAAUCUGUUGUUUUUUCAAAAUGUCAGUUGAGAAUGACUUCAGUUUACCCAUAGCUGCAUGGAGCAGUCCGGAUUCAGUUGUAGGCUGCCUACUACAUUUGAAGAUGAGUCGGAAAACUGGAGCCUCAACUUCUCACCCCAGGUUUGGGUCUGGUUUUUUGUGAAAAGCUGAGGUUCACUGUCUUCCUAUGGGGAAAUUGAGCCCCUUGCAGGCUUCCCUGCAGAGACCUGGCUGUGGAACCAGGGAACUCUCCUUCCUGCUGGGUAAAGUCCAAGCCACCUGCUUUACCCCAUAAAAGCUGCCCUUGGGGUGGUAGACCCAGAAUGAUAGGGUCAUUUUUACUGGCUUUUGGACCCAUGGAAAAACUGGUAGGAGUUACGCUGUGGAGUGACUCCAAACCUGUUGGCCUGGCUUUUGAAAAAUGCACAAGAGCCUUUGACUUUGGGCUGCCAGUAAGCACCCCUAGGGAAAGGCCUUACUGAGAAGACUGAGGGCCUGGGCUCAGCACUGACUUCUUGCUAAAUGAUUUUUUUUUAGACCUGGGACUGAGUCCUUCCAACAGGAAACACAGACACCCCCUUUGCUUGAAGGCCUUACCCUGCUGCUCUCUAGUAGGGGGGCAGCAUUGGGUAUGUGACGACCUCACAGAGCCUUGGCUUCCUUCCAUCAGCCCUGAGAUGGGACUGAUUAAGUGGGAGUAGUUGUAACUAUCUCAAGAUUGUUCUCUUGGGAGGAUAGUAAGACAGGCGUGAGUUCCAGGUGGUGCAGCGCACACAGCCCGCACUCAGUGUUAGGUUAAUUUUUCACUACCACAUAGGGCCUGCUGAGGAACUAUGCUGGGGACAGGUGCCCUGGGAAUUUCUGGAAUAGCCAGUCUCGGGGGAAUUGAGCAGGUAGUGAGUUGCUUAGGGAGUUGCAUGGCACCAGCUGUCAGGAGGUUGCCUUCCUCUGCCUGCAUUAUCUCCUUGUGUAUUCUCUGCCUGGAAGAUGGAGUUUAUUCAUUUUCUCUUUAUGGUCCUGGUAUGUAUUGGGGUUUUGGGGGAUCCAGGAGACCAUGCCUUUUUGUUCCUGGGUAGCCAGGGUAUUGACAGGCCAUCCAGUCAAGUCUAAGAAAUGUCUUUGAGUUGAGGCUUUGAUGGCAUCCUCGUUUUUUCCUCCCUGUGUAGAAUGAGAGCAAUGGAAGUGACCCUGGAGAGCCUUUUCAAAAAUUCACUUUUUGUGCCAGGCAUGAUGGCCCACACUCAUAAUCUCAGCACUUAGAAGGCUGAGGCUGGAGGAUUAUCAUGAGUUCGAAGCCAGCCUCGACUCCAUAGUGAGUUCAAGUCCACUUGACCUACAGAGCAAGACCCUGUCACAAAAAGAAAACAAGUUCCAGGCCAGCUUGGCUGCAUAGCAAGACCUUGUCUCAGAAAAACAAAAGCAAAAAACAUUUUAUGGAUGAUGGGACUCUAGGAGGGGUUGCAGCUCAGGGCCCAGUUUGCUGACCUCCAUCUCCAGGCACCAACCAUCCUCAGGAAGGCCACCCUUCCACAUGCUUCUUGUGACCCAGCAGCAUUCUUGGCAGUUGUUCUUACUGCCUUUUCAAUUCUUUUUUGUUUUGGAUUUCACCAUACUAAGCUAGUUGGUGCCAUUUCAUUCCUACGUUUUAGUGUAGCAUUUGACUUAACCACUAUACCCAUUAUUUUACUGCUACUUGAUUUCUGGAUCUUUCUCAUCAGUGUCCAGGGCUUGAUGUAAUUAGCUUUCAUAGGUUUUUGUUGUUGUUGUUUCUGUGGUUUUUGUUUUGUUUUUUGUCUUGUAUUGCCUUUAUUUUCUUUUGGAUGCCAUCAUUUUGUGCUCUGUGGACCCUUUGUUUACUCUGGAAUCUGCUUGACCCCUGGAAGUAGGUCCAUCCCACAUAAUUGAGAAAGAUCCACACCUUCUUAUACUUGAUUUGUAUACCCUGACUGGGCAGGUAUUUUCCCAGUAGAAAGUUCUCCAUUACUGUCUAGAUGUGUCUUGGUCAGCAGCUCCCUGUGGCACUCUGUACUCUCUGUUCAGUGUUUUCUUAAAUCCAGGGCAUUCACACUGAGCUAUAUCCCUAGCCCUUUCUCGUUUUUAUAUUUUUAUUUUUUUGGUACCAGGGAUCGAACUCGGGUCCUUGUGCUUGUGAGGCAGGCAGUGGAACUACUGAGCUAAAUUCCUAACCCGGGUCUCUCAUUUUUAAAUCUUGAAUCUUGCUAAGUUGCCCAGGCUGGACUUGAACUUUUCAUCCUCCUGUCUCGGCCUCCCAGAGUAUAGCCUCCUGCAAGUAUAGGCAUGUGCCAUUGCACCCAGCUGGUUCAGUGUUCUUAAUCCUUUUAUUAUACUGCCAUUGUCACACUGUUUUGUUCAUGCUUGUGGGAGGAGUGGUGAAGACUGUGUCCUUGAAGCUUGAUCAUUCUUUUUAAAUUAGGAAAUGUGUGCAGCACAUGCUGUUCACAUUCCUUGGGUGCAUUGGUAUUGUACAUAGCACAUCUUUCUUCCUUUUCCACCCCCUUGAUCAUUCUUUGAAUUUUCAGUUUCUUAAUGUUAAACACAGAAUGACAUGUAAUGUUUUUUAAAAAUUAAUAAUGUGUGUAGUAUGCUAUUGUUACAAAAUUUCAAGAAGUGCUAGGUUCGUUUCUCAGCACAGAAAAAUAAAAUAAAAUUAAAAAGCGUAA